AUGUCCUGGUAUGCAAUCAUCCCAGAGUCGGAUAUGGGAGGUCUGGAGACGGUGGUCAAAGGAGGCUGCUUCGUCCGAUCCGCCUGUCCUGCGGCUUGCCUGCAUAAGUGCUUGGCGCCGACCAGGGAGCUGGCGACGCAGAUCGAUGCUGAGUGCAAGCGAUUCUCGCCGGCCAAGGUGCGAUCGAUGGCCGUAUUCGGGGGCACCCCCAAGGGCCCACAAGGAAAGGCCUUGAAGACUGCCGUCCCCCAGGUGUUGGUUGCAACGCCGGGUCGACUUCAAGACUUCAUGGGCUCGGGAGAGGUCUCUUUGGGUCAAGUCCAGCUACUGGUCUUGGAUGAGGCGGAUAGGAUGCUAGACAUGGGCUUUGAGCCAGAGAUUGCCAAGAUCUUGGCAGAGGCUCCUCCUGAGCGACAAACACUGCUUUUCACGGCGACGUGGCCCAAGGCUGUCCGGCGCAUUGCGGAGAAGUACUUGAAGCCGGACUACUUGCACUUGAAUGUGGGUGACACGGAGGAUUUGGCAGCAAACAAGGCUGUGAGUCAGGAGUUCUUCAAGCUUGGGGACGACGAGAAGGACGACAAGCUUUGGCAGAUCCUGUCCGGGCUUUCGGAUGAUGCCAAAGUCAUCUGCUUCGCAAACACCAAAAGGCGAAUCGACUCCUUUCAGAAGACUUUCUGGGGCAAAGGCUUCGACUCCGUCGCGCUGCACGGGGACAAGCCCCAGAAGGACCGCGACAGGGACCUCGAGAAGUUCACAAAGGGCGAGUGCUGGCUUAUGUUCGCCACGGAUGUGUGCGCCCGCGGGCUGGAUAUCAAGGGGGUCACGCAUGUGGUGAAUUUGGACAUGGCCAGGGACGUCGAAAGUUAUGCCGCGUGCCCAGGUGUUGUGUCUUGGAAGUUGUUCGACCUGCAGUUCAUGAUAGCGUCGCCCAGCACAAGACAAAGCCCUCGUUAA